AUGUCAAUGCUUCGAGGAAAUUGUAGUGUACUACGAUGGUUGUUACCUACGCUUCAUUGUCGUAAUAGAACGACUCGCUUUCAAAAACAUGAUAUAGUCUGCUUUAGUGCCUCUAAACUACGUGACUAUUUAAAGUUACUCUCAGCAAAAAAUAUUCAUUGGUCAUCUUUGAAAUCCUGUGAUCCUAUAAAUUCAGUGAAGGAAGCAGGUAAUGAAGGUAAUUUAAAUGUUGAUUGGAAUGAAUUAGAAGAAGCACUCCAAAAAACUAGUUAUGCAGGGGAUGAGAAGAAAGACAUACGAAGAUUAAAGAGAGAGAAACGAAGAAUACGAGGAUUUUUCACAGGGAAAUUGAUUGUGAUCAUUGUUUCUGUUAGUGUGAUUUUAGUUGUAAUUUUAUCUGGCAUGCGUGAAGAGAAAAUGAGAGAAUUAGAAAAUGAAAGAAAACGAACUCUUGGUAAGGCUCGAAUAGGAGGUCCAUGGGAGUUAAUCGACAUGGAUGGCAACUUGGGAGGCUCUGAACAGCUAAAAGGAAAUUGGCUUCUGUUAUAUUUUGGUUUCACAAACUGCCCUGAUGUGUGCCCUGAUUCUAUUGAAAAGAUGGUUGAGGUUGUGGAAACUGUUAAAAAAAGUGAUGAAAAAAUCAAUUUGGUUCCUGUGUUUAUAUCAGUUGAUCCGGACCGAGAUACUGUAGAAAGAGUUAAAGAGUAUUGUGCAGAGUUCUCUCCCAAAAUAAAAGGCUACACUGGUUCCAAAGAUCAGGUCGCUAAAGUAGCGAAGGCAUUUCGAGUAUAUUACAGUCAAGGACCUAGAACGGAUCAAAAUGAUUACAUUGUAGAUCAUACGGUUAUUAUGUAUUUAGUAGAUCCUGAUGGCGAAUUUCAUGAUUAUUACGGGCAAAAUCGUUCAUCAGAAGAAAUAGCAAAAGUUAUAAAGCGUAGUGCGUUGAAACGCUAUUCCAUCUUAAAAUUCAAUGACACUUUGAAAGUUGAUCCUGGGAAAUGGGCAACAGCAGGUUACAGUUUGCAAAUGGUGCGUGAAGAUAACAAAAGUCAGGCAACUGCAAGUGAAAUUCGACAGGAUUUUGGGGAAGGCUCGGAAUUUGGUAAGGCAUUGAGAGAAGAAGCAAAACGCAAGAAAUAUGGGCGUCAAACGCGCACUUAUCAGCUGGAUAAUCAACCAUGGGUGCUUAGCAUAGGGGAUUCAAGUGGUAAAGAACGCAAAUUUCGUAGUAUCCGAGAGGGUGGUGCUGGAGAACACGCAGAUUAUUGGGUAUUUUUGAAAUCAGGUGAAGAACUUCAUGCGUUCAAAGUUGAUGAAUGGCACCAGUUUUUGCCAUUCUUAACUCAUCGGACUCUUGACAUUGAUCAAGCAGAAGAAAGAUUUCGCGAACGAAACCGGGUUAUGAAUCAGUUUGCUUUAAAAGCUCAGAUACAGCAGCAGUUAAAAGCUAUGGAUGAUGACGGUGAACAAAUGAUCAGAACAACACGGUCGCUUAAGAUCAGAGAUGAAGCUAGUUCUGGUGAAAAUUCCGAUGGCGAAAAAGGUGAUGAUGAAGAUGAUGCACCUGAUGUCAGCUUGAAAUUAAAGAAGAAUACAAAACUUGGAAAUCGAGCUCGUAAAGAUAGAAGGCAACGAGUAGAAAAUGCAGAUGAAGUAGCUGCAUACGAAAGCGAUGAUGGUGAUGACGAAGGUCGAGAAUAUGAUUAUAUGAGUGAUAGUGGUUCUGAAAGCGAUAGAGAUGUGAUCCCAAUAGAGCAAAGAGUAGACGAAGCUAUGGUUGCUGUUGGCGAUGAAACAGGCCUAAAAAAAUUAAUUAGUGACGACUUCAAUAGCGAUAGCAGCGAAUCCGAAUACAUAACCAAAAAACUUCUCACUGUAACGGAUGAAAAUGAUGAUAGUGACAGUAAGAAGCAGUUUAAUGAUGUCGAUGAUAGAGAUUCAUCAGGCAGCGAUUCUGACGAUCCUGAUAAAGAAAUUAAUUCUGCAAUUUUUUUGCCAGUGAAAAAAAAUGCGGAAGAUAUGCAGUUAUCAUCAAGGAAGCGACCAUUAGAAGAAGGAGCUUCGAUAGAUGUUGAACCAAAAAAAGUUAAAACCGAAAACUUAAACGCAGUGCCAUCAUCAUCGUCUUCAUCAGUUACGCAGGCUGUUGGAAAUCAAGAUGGCUUAAAUGAAGAAACUGUAAGGCGGUAUCUUCGUAGAAAACCGCAUACUACCAAAGAACUGCUUUCAAGAAUUAAAUCAAAGUGUGGUGACAUGGAAAAAUCUGAAAUAGUGCAACAGUUAGCUGCUAUUCUGAAACAUAUUGAACCGCAUCAAUUUAAGCAAAAACAUGGAAAAAAGGAAGUAUUAUUUUUUUCGAUCAAUAAUACCGUUGCUUGA